UGCAAAGGGUGUAUGACACAGCUUUCUGGAAGACGUCCUUUUUAUUUUUAAGUUAACAACACGACCCUCAGAUAUGUCCUCAGAGAUUUAGUCCGAUCUUAAAAAUCAACAAAAACACGUUUUUAGAAUCUGGAGUUUUGUUUCCUGCAGACGAAAGGAUGGAUCUGUGGGCCACUGUCUUUGUCUUGUGUGCAGUAUGGCCCAGCGCUUUGUCUGUGACACGGUACUCCAUAGCCGAGGAGAUGGAGAGGGGCUCUGUUGUGGCUAAUCUCGCUGCGGAUUUGGGACUUGAGCUUGGAGGUUUGGCACAACGAGAGGUAAAACUUGAUAUCUUCCAUAACAAGAAAUAUCUAGAUGUGAAUAAAAAGACAGGGGAGUUGUAUGUUGUUGAAAAGAUGGACAGGGAAUAUCUUUGUCCGACGAAAACAACAUCCUGUUUUCUAAAGCUUGAUGUUAUCAUAGAAAGCCCCUUACGUAUCUUCAACAUUGAACUUGGAAUAACGGACAUAAAUGAUAACGCUCCACAUUUUCGACGAGACCGAGUAGAGCUUGACGUUUCAGAAUCGGCAACACCAGGAGAGAGAUUCUCCCUGCCUAAUGCUGUGGAUCCAGAUGUUGGUAUAAAUACAAUUAAAACAUACAAACUCAGUGUCAGUGAACAUUUCACCAUUGAGAUCCAGACGGGCAGUGAUGGGACCCAGUAUGUUGAUUUGGUGUUGACCAAGUCUUUAGACAGAGAGGAGAAUGCUGUUCAUAAUUUAAUACUGACUGCUGUGGACGGCGGGGUCCCUGUGCGCUCCGGCACUGCCAAUAUUAUUGUUAGAGUGCAGGAUACAAACGACAAUCCUCCUCGGUUUGACAAGCAGACUUACUCAGUUAAUAUGACAGAAAAUUCCCCGAUAGGAACCGUAGUGACGAGGCUUAACGCUACAGAUAUUGACGAAGGUCUGAAUUCAGAGAUAGUGUACUCAUUCACCCUUUAUACUUCCGAAAAAACCCAAGAUGUCUUUGCAUUAAAUCCUAAAACAGGGGAAAUUACCGUGAAGGGUACUAUUGACUAUGAAGACAUGAAAUUGUAUGAGAUGCACAUUGAGGCCAGAGACAAAGGCACACACCCCUUACUGGGGCAGUGUAAAGUAGUCGUCCACGUGAUGGAUAUGAAUGACAAUUAUCCAGAAAUUACCAUACAGUCUGUUAAAAACACAGCGGACGAAAACAUUCCAGUAGGAAGUGUCAUUGCACUGGUAGGCAUAAGCGACAGAGACACUGGCGAUAAUGGAAAAGUGAGCUUGUCCAUAAAUGAAAACCUGCCUUUUAUUCUCAAUAAGUCGUCAGAUGGACCGAUGCAUUACAAGCUCAUAGUGUCUGAACCCUUGGACCGGGAAUCAGUGCCUGAAUAUGACAUCACACUCAUUGUGACAGAUGCAGGGACGCCUCCCUUAUCUGAUAAUGAAACUAUACAUCUGCAUCUAUUGGAUGUUAAUGACAAUGUUCCACAGUUCCCUCUGUCA